AUGGCGACAUUUGCAAAGAUUUCAGUCUUAACGAUAGCUACGUUAAUAUUUGUAGGAGGGAUAGAGUUUAGCUCAGCACAAAAUUGUGGAUGUGCCAAAGGAGUGUGCUGCAGCAAAUGGGGCUACUGCGGAACCACUCAAGCCUAUUGUGGAGCUGGGUGUCAGCAGGGCCCAUGUACUUCUAAACAUACGCCUUCGCCUUCUCCCUUCGGAUCUAUUGAAUCCAUAAUCACCCAAGACUUCUUCAACCGGAUUAAAUCUGGAAUUUCUGGAAGUAUGCAAAAUAUGAUUCCGUCUGCUUAUCUGUGCUACGUGGAAGAAAUUGCAAAAGCUAGGUAUUGUCAAUCUUCCACGGGAUAUCCUUGUGCGAGUGGAAAGCAAUACUACGGACGGGGGCCUCUUCAGUUAAUCUGGAACUACAACUAUGGAGCUGCUGGAAAAUAUGUGGGACUUCCGCUACUGAAUAACCCAGAUCUGGUUGCCGGAAAGCCAGACGUUGCGUUUAAGACUUCACUCUGGUUUUGGAUGGUCAACAGCAACUGUCACAACGCCAUGACUUCCACCGGCGGAAAAGGAUUUGCCGGCACGAUCAGAGCCAUCAAUGGGAGAGAAUGCGGUGGAGGACGUCCAUCGGCUGUGCAGAGUCGAGUGAGUUCGUAUAAGAAGUUCUGUGGAUGGUUGGGUGUCGCCACCGGUCCCAAACUCUCUUGUUAG